AUGACUUUGUCAAAACAAAUUUUCCUUUUCCUCUACCUCUUCCCUCUCUUACACGCUUCGCACCCAAAAGAAUGUUCUUCUUCCACAUGUGGUCACGAUGAUGUCCAUGUCCGUUUCCCUUUCUGGCUACUCUCGAAACAGCCUGAAUUCUGUGGCCACGCAGGAUUCGCUCUCCACUGCAAAACUACUAGUCACAAGACAGCUCUCAAGCUCCCCAAGUCCGGAGAGUUUAUUGUCCGAGAGAUCGACUAUACAAGACAGCAGAUUCGUCUCUAUGACCCUGAGAAUUGCUUGGCAAGAAAGCUUCUGAGCUUUGACGUUUCGGGAUCUCCCUUCUCUGCUCUCUACCUUGUCAACUACACGUUCUUGAGCUGUCCUAACGAGGUUGCUAAGUCUUCGUCCGGGUUUGACUCCAUCCCAUGUCUUGGGAAUUCUACGUCCUCGUUUUUGGCUACAACUAGUUUUGAUCUCGCGAAAUCUAUGCUGCCUUCUUGUCAGAUUAUCAAGACGUUAGCUCUUCCGGUUUCUCGGCCGGUUGUUGCCGAGAAAUCAAGAUUCUCGACUAAUGUCAACGAUAAGGACCUUUGGCUGAAAUGGGAUUCUCCAAGUUGUAGCGAUUGUGAAAGGGAUCAUUUGAGAUGUGGAUUCAUAACCAAUGCUUCCCUUGAAGUCAAAUGCUUCCCUUUUGAAAAAUCCGGCCAUAACAACACGGGAUUACAAGUGAUUAAAAUUAUAAGCCUGGCCAUAAUCGGACCGGUCACAAUCUUGGCCACUUGUAUUGCUAUAGGAGUUUGCACAUCCGAGAGAUUCACUUCCCGGAGACGACGAAACGUGGCUAUCGCGGCGGCUCAGACAAACGGGGUUCUAGUCACGAAUGGUCUUGACGAUUCUACAAUAGAAUCAUACAAGAAAAUGGAGUUAGGAGAGAGUAGAAGAUUACCGGGAAUUAACGAUGAUAUUAAUUGUCCCAUAUGUCUAUCGGAGUACGCGAGCAAAGAGACCGUGCGGUGCAUACCUGAAUGUGAUCAUUGCUUCCACGCUGGAUGUAUAGAUGCGUGGCUCAAGAUUCAUGGUUCGUGUCCUCUCUGUCGGAAUUCGCCUUCUCCUGCGCCUGAAGCUGUCUGA